AUGCUUUGUAUCGAUUGCAAACAACUUGUUUGUUCAAGUUGUGCUGUGAUCGAUCACAAGAAACAUGAUUUGGACUGUGUAGAUGUGAUCAAAGAGUUGAUCAAUGAGAAGAAGUGUAAUGAUAUGUUUGAUAAGAGAUUACAAUUACUGUGGACAUCAGUACAAGAGCAGGCAGCAACAUACAAGUCAUUGAAUGACACUCGUAAACAGAUCAAUGAUCACUUCAAAGAGUUACACGAGUUCCUCAUCAUUGAGGAACACAAGUUGGUAUCACCCAUCACUCAACAGAUAAAUGAGACUCAAUCAUCAAUCGACAACAUCAUCGAUGAGAUUAGAGAUAUCAGUGCACUGUUCAAUCUCUCAACAAAUGCCAACAGCAACGACAAAAAUAACAAUGAGGAGGCAGAGCAAGAUGUCACGAUCAUUCAAUCAUGUACUUCGGUGAGGGAGUACAUUGACAAGACAUGCACUGCAUUGACAUCCAAGGAUAUUGUAACUUGCUCAGACCAUCAACUACUCAAUCAACUCAUUGAGAGCGUGGCUCGAAUUGAGAGUAUGCCAGAGUGUCCAGUCAUUGAUAGAUUCUUAAAGGUCACUUUACAAGCUGAUGGCCUCAACUUAAUCAAGAAGCAGGUUCAGUUGGCAUACUCAUUGAGCAACGUCACCGAUCCCAAUGAAGGACAACUCAAAGAACAUAGAGUUGGAGGUGGUUCGGUGUUCUCAUACGGUCCAACCGUUAGUACACUGUUCGACCCAAGAACAGGUGCAUCACGAGAGAUUAAUAAUAAUGGCGUUUUAAUGAACAACGUAACGAAAUGUGCCGUCUACGCCAAAGAUCACAUAUACUUCUUUGGUCAAGUCCCACAGUCGACAGUGUGCUCCAUAUUCAGGUACUCAAUGGCCACUCAGCUAUGGACAACACAUCAAUUGGAUUCAAUUCUAGUAUUGGGUGGAUACCCUAUGGCAUGUUACGAUGGCAACUCCACAAUCUACUUGAUUGGAAAAUACUCAUUGAGAAAUUCAUUGGUAGCAUUGAACAUUGACACAUUGCACCUGGAUGUCGUCCAGAGGAAGUUUACAUCAGGCUUUGAGAGACAUCGUAUCGAGUCAUUGUAUUAUUACAACGACUACCUCUAUGCCAUCACUCAUUGUCAUGCCACUCGCCAGAAUUUUCUGUGGUCGAUCAAUUGCAAAAAUCAAGGAGAGACUAGGCUCGUGGACAAUGACGUACCAAUCGAACGACAUUCAUCUUCUUACGAUGGCAAAGGAAAGAUAUACUUCUACAACCUCCAAUCUGGCAUUGUUCAAUGUAACCUAGAUACCAGAGUCUUCCGGUCGCAUCCACUCAACCAACUUCCACAACUGGACACGAUGCUUUACUUUAUUAACAUCAACAGUGUACUGCUGAAUGGUAAAUUGGUCAGAUGUCCAGACAGGCCAGUUGAUCACGACAACAUAUCAUGUUUGAUUGGUGGUUCAAACAUCGAA